AUGUCAACUGUAUAUCGUGAGAUGAGAAAUUACCAAGUAUACCAACAAGCUCUUUUUCUUGGAAUCUUAAACCAAUCUAGUUCUAUGAUUAUUCAAAAACCAAUUAAAAAAGCUAUUGUUACUCAACAACUUGUAACAGUAAGUUCAUUAAAAUUCUCAGCAGAUGAUCAAAUUGCAAUUAGUGACUUAAUUGAACGUAGAUGUAAAGAAAUGAUGAAGUUAGAUCUUUCUAAUGGAUUAAGAGAAAAGACAGCUAUUAGAAGGUAUGAAACAAAUAAAGUUACAGAAGUUCUUCAUCUUUUAAGUGAUAUUCUAAAUGAGUUUGGGUUUACAUUUAGAACAACUAAGACCACUGGAAAAAAUAAAUCUGCUAUAGCAGAGACUGUUAAUGUUAUGUAUUUUAAAGGACGUAAAGCUUAUUCUAGACAACAAAUAACUCAAAUCGGAAUGAAAAUUAAUCAAUACUUAUAUGAAAAAUGUGCUGAAGGUGAUGGAAAUACUAUUAUUGAAAGAAAUGAUCCAAUAAUACAUGAAUUAUUAGUAGGAAAUCAGUCUAUCGUAGUUUUUUCUUCUUAA